GUCGACGAUCGUGUCUCUGAUCCGGCGUUUUCCGAGUAAGUGGAGGAAGAUCAGCAAUCGGAGAACUGGUAGAUUGCAGGAACUGUUUAAAAUCUCGUCCUCGCGUCUCGUGCAUCGGACGGGGCCCGAGAGGUUCAGCGUUCUAAGUUAGGUCGUUGGAGGCCACGAAGUUCCGUGAAAGCCACCAGCCACUGGCUCUUGGUUUUGUCCAUCGAACAGAAGCCAUUCUCCCGUCUUGUCUUCCAAUUUGCAUAGAGCUAUCAUUGUUGCGUGAAGGAGAGCAAUCGCGUUGGGUCCGGUUUUUGGUGAAGAGUGAGCCAAGAUGGUGGCACCGAACGCGGCGGCGGAGUACCAACUGACCCCGCAUCCGACGAUUCCCAAGGGAAAGCCAUUUUUGCUUGUGGUGUUGGAUGGUUGGGGUGAGAACAGGGAAGACGAGUUCAAUGCUAUCUACAAUGCGCAGUGUCCCACGAUCAAGAGUUUGAAAGAGGGUGCGCCGCGCCGCUGGCGCACUAUUAAAGCGCACGGUACUGCUGUGGGGCUGCCGAGCGAUGCCGACAUGGGGAACAGUGAGGUCGGCCAUAAUGCCAUGGGAGCUGGGAAAAUCAUCCAGCAAGGUGCUAGUCUUGUGGAUAACGCCAUAGAGUCCGGAUCUAUGUUCACUGGAGAGGGUUGGAAUUAUGCCAAGGAUGCUUGGGUUAAUGGAGGGACCCUUCACUUCAUCGGGCUUCUGAGUGACGGAGGUGUGCAUUCCCGGACGGACCAGCUAUACGCUUUGAUGUACGGUGCCAAUGACCACGGUUGCAAGCGAAUCCGUGUGCAUGUCUUGACAGACGGUCGAGAUGUCCCCGAUGGGUCCAGUAUCAAGUAUGUAGGACAACUGGAGAAGGAAUGUGAGAAUUUGAGAAAUCAGGGCUGUGAUGCCCGAAUUGCUUCCGGUGGUGGACGGAUGUACGUUACCAUGGAUCGGUAUGAGGCUGACUGGAAUAUUGUGGAGCGUGGAUGGCGUGCUCAUGUAUUAGGAGAUGCUCCUCACAAGUUCGAGAGUGCGCUUGAUGCCCUGACAAAGUUGAAGGAAGCUGAUCCUAAAUUGAACGAUCAGUUCUACCCCCCGUUCGUUGUCGUGGACAAGGAUGGCGCACCAGUAGGAACAAUCGGAGACGGUGAUGCUGUUGUGAACAUUAAUUUCCGGGCAGACCGAGUGAUUCAGAUUAGUAAGGCAUUUGAGUACGAGGACUUUACCGCUUUCGACAGGGUCAGGUUCCCGAAGGUGAAGUACUUGGGUAUGAUGCAGUACGAUGGUGAUUUGAAGCUUCCAUCCAACUACUUGAUUUCUCCCCCAUUGAUUGAAAACACUUCGGGGCAGUACUUGUGCGCCAAUGGUGUCCGCACAUUUGCUUGCAGUGAAACGCAGAAGUUUGGGCAUGUUACUUUCUUUUGGAACGGUAACCGAUCCGGGAAAAUUGAUGAAACUCUGGAAACUUAUCACGAGAUUCCAAGUGACAACAUCCAGUUCAAUCAAGCUCCUCACAUGAAGGCAGCUGAAAUUGCCAAAGCUGCACGAGAGGCUCUCUUGUCAGGAGAGUUUGACUAUGUACGAGUAAACUUUGCAAAUGGUGACAUGGUUGGUCAUACUGGGGAUUUGGAAGCUACCAAGAUGGCAUGUGAAGCCGUUGACCAAGGAGUAAAGGUGCUGAUUGAUGCCGUGGAACAAAUGGGAGGUAUUUACCUUAUCACCGCAGACCACGGCAACUGUGAUGACAUGGCGCAGCGCAAAAAGACUGGAGAGCCACUCCGUGACGAGACUGGCAAAGUGCAACCACUCACUUCUCAUACUCUGGCACCGGUUCCAGUCGCAAUCGGCGGGCCAGCGUUACCAGAGAACAUCAAAUUCCGUGAUGACCUUCCCAAAGCAGGUCUUGCUAAUAUCACAGCCACUUUCAUGAAUCUCAUGGGAUUUGAAGCUCCAGAGGAAUAUGUGCCAUCGCUUCUGACGUUCGACUAGAACGACAUAAGUACUUAGCUACCAGAUUGGUUUUAGACAUGAAGCUAUUCACAAGGUUUUAGAAAAACUCAU